GCAAUCCCAAUUCCUAUAAAAAGCAAUGCGUACCGCAGAAACUGUAUCACAGCUCACAUUCACUUCGACUUGAAGAAGCACAAAAACCAAAAACAUCUUCAAAAUGUUCAAAUUCAUCGCUAUCUGCUUUGCCGUCAUUGCCUCAGUAGCUGCUGCCCCAGGUUUGGCUCCAUUGGCUUAUUCAGCUCCACUUGCAACCACCUAUGCUGCUGCCUACACUGCUCCACUAGCUGCCGCUUACACAGCCCCAAUUGCUGCUGCCUAUGCCGCUCCAGUAGCAGCUGCUGCUCCAGUUAUUGCUCCAUAUGCCUCCAGUUACAACGCUCAUGCUAUUGCCCAUUCAGCCGCUUUCCCAGCUAUCGCUACCUAUGCUGCUGCUCCAGUAGCUGCUCCAAUUUUGGCUGCUCCAGCUGCCCGUCUUUUACUGAAGUAAAUUUAGGUGGAGAAUUAGAAAUGUAGCCUGGUAGUCCUUUUUGUACUGUGAAUAGGUGAAUAAAUUUUUCAACUUA